AGUCUUUCCAUAUUUAUGGUGCAAAUCGCUCCAAAACAGAUAUUUAGAGGUAUUCCAGCCUAUUCAUUGUCUAGAGAAAUCUCUUUAUAUUUAUGGAAACACAAUAGCUUUGCCUUUCUGACCAAAUUUUCUCUCACCUUUGAGCCACCGAAGGACCAACACACGCCGGGAAAAUCUCCCUCCGAACCACGGUCCUCCGCUUAUCCUCACCCUGGUUCUUGUAAUAACUGCGGCGGACCAACAAUACCCGAUAUGUCACCGCCACCAAACUACCGCCCGAUCCGAGCUCCGACUAUCAAUCUCCCCCACAACUCUCAGGCGAUCAUCCUCUCUCCCAUUCCUCAGGCCGAGCAGUCUCCGCCGUAUCAAUUCCAAUGUCCCGUCAAGAGAAUCCACUCCCCAGAUGAUAUUCGCCGCUUCCAGGAAUCAGCCUCUUUCAAGAACUUGUUAGGAUUCGUAGUCUCUCUAUCGGAAUCGAUCCACGGACACAAAAUCUCAGAUCCUUGCCAUGUUUCACCCACCGUCGCCACCACCAUAGUCUCAAUUCUCGAGACCUUGUUGCGAUGGAUCGACGAGAUCCCUCCUGUUCAAAUGUCCUCUUGAUACAGUAACAUCUCGUUUAGGUCAUGGCACUAUCGCCUCGCUGAGAAAGGCGAAUCACUUAUCCAUGAGUUUCUCCCCAAUGAGUUCAAAGAAUCCACGAUCGACUUCGGAAACGCAAGCAGAAUCGAUUACGGAACAGGGCACGAGACGAACUUCGCUGCGUGGCUGUAUUGCUUAGCGGAGAUGGGGAUCAUCAAGGAAGAAGAUUACCAUGCUGUUGUGGCUAGGGUUUUUGUGAAGUAUCUUGAAUGGAUGCGAAAUUUGCAGAUGGUUUAUUGCUCAGAGCCUGCUGGUUCUCUUGGAGUAUGGGGACUUGAUGAUUACCAUUUCUUGCCCUUUAUAUUUGGGAGCUCUCAGUUGAUUGAUCAUAAGUAUAUGAAGCCCAAAUCCAUUCAUAACGAUGAUGAUAUCUUGGACAAUUUCUCUAGUGAGUAUAUGUACUUGUCUUGUAUUGGGUUUGUGAAGACGGUGAAGAAAGGGUUGUUUCCUGAGCACUCCCCGUUGCUUGAUGAUCUAAGCGGUGUACCCAACUGGAAGAAAGUGAAUAGCGGCUUGCUUAAGAUGUACAAAGUUGAUGUGCUCGAGAAGGUUCCCAUUAUGCAGCAUUUCCUCUUUGGCUGGCUUAUCAAAUGGUAUGACUCUUCUUUCGUUUUAUCUCGUCUUAAAGCAUAGUAACCUCUGGCUGUGUAAUGUGGUUUGUAGAUUGGGUUUUGUAUCACGGAACUGAUUGAUAUAUCUUGAACUAAAGGAGAGAUAGUUUGGCCGUC